CCAAAGUCUCUUCUUUGGAGUUUUCAAUACGUCCGGCUUAACAAAUGAUUCAGAGAAUACAUAUUACAUAUAAAGCUGUAUUAAUUGGUUGCUCACUUAGUUUCCAGCUCCUCUUCUUUCAUUGCAAUGUCUACACCAGCGGAAUACUAUCGAUCGCUGCCACCGGUGAGCAAGACCUAUGGAGUUGCCUGCUUUAUGACUGCAGCUGCCUUGUACUUGCAACUUUAUUAUCCUCGGAACAUUGCGCUUGAUUAUGGCCUCGUCAUAAAACGUUUCCAGGUUUGGAGGCUUAUUACCAAUUUCUUCUUCCUGGGGCCCUUCUCAUUCCCGUUUGCGUUUCGUCUUAUAAUAAUAGCAAGAUAUGGCGUGGGAUUGGAGAGAGGACCGUUUGACAAGAGGACGGCAGACUAUGUUUGGAUGUUGGUAUUUGGUGCCAUUUCACUUUUGGUGAUGGCUGUUGUUCCAUAUUUGUUGUCUCCGUUUAUGGGACCUUCAGUGGUUUUCAUGAUCGUGUAUGUAUGGUCCCGUGAGUUCCCAAAUGCACGUAUCAACAUAUAUGGGCUUGUGUCCUUGAAGGGAUUUUAUCUUCCUUGGGCACUGCUGGGUCUGGAUUUGAUAUUUGGGGAUCCUUUGAAGCCAGACAUUCUAGGGAUGGUUGCAGGACAUAUCUAUUACUUUCUAACCGUGCUUCAUCCUCUUGCUGGUGGAAAAUUCAUGCUCAAGACUCCUCUCUGGGUGCACAAAUUGGUAGCCUUCUGGGGUGAGGGAACCCAAAUCAAUUCCCCGGUGGAACGCAAUCCUCACGCCGGAGUUGCGUUCCAGGGAAGAAGCUUCCGACUCAACGGUCGAACAACCACUCCACCACAAACAACUCAGGAACCUUAUAAUAAUCAGCAGCAGGCAGCAGCUGAUGGAGUUGCAUUCCGUGGAAGAAGCCAGCGCCUCAACGGUCGUUAAUUAGCUAAUCAUCUAGCCAGCGCCUACUCACAUAUGAUAUAUCAUCUAUGAAAUAUUUCUAUUUUCUAAUCAACGUUGUGUACGUACCUUUGCACAUUUGGACCCUUUUCUAUUCGGUU